AUGUUAUUGCAGUUAUGGUGUAAAAUUAUGUUUAAACAAUAUGCAGUAAAUAAACAAUUAUUUAAUUGAAUAUUUUGAUUUUGUAAAUAAUUUUACAUUUAAACAUUUUCUAGAUUUAGUAAAUUUUAUAAAAUUAUUUUAUAAAAAUCUUAAUUGAUUUAAUUAUGGAUAAAUUAAGAAUGUGUUCCGUUUGCGGGGAAUUGGCUCAGGGCUAUAAUUUCUGUGCCAUUACUUGUCAAUCGUGCAAAGCUUUCUUUCGGAGGAAUGCCUACAAAUAUGAGAAAUUCAAGUGUAGAUUUGGCGACAUUUGUAUCAUCAAUGAAAAGACCAGAAAAAUGUGCAAAAAAUGUCGACUCAAGAAAUGUUUCGCUGUCGGCAUGAAAAAAGAAUGGAUACUCAAUGAGGAGGAGAAGCUGUUCAGAAGAGCCCAAAUUGAAGAGAAUCGCAAACUUAAGAAAAUCAAAAAGAAAACCUCCGACGAGUCAACUGGUAGUCCAUCAUCUGAUGCCUCAAAUGCUGAGACAAUUAAAAGCGGUUCCGAAGAAGUAGUCAAUGACGAGGAAAUUACUGAUUAUUUGCUACAAAUGGAUAACUUCUAUACCACUGAACCGAUUGACACAAACAGUAAUAAUGAUAAUGAGAUGUCUAUAGAGUCCAUACAAUCGGCUACAACUGAUUCAGAUACCAGUGAUGAGUCUAUGAAAGUGGUAUCAUAUAUAAACAAGGAAUUUUUAAUUGUCAGCGAAGGUGAAUUGAUUGAUGAGACCCAGAGUAUCGACUGCAAACACCGACUGGCUGUCCAAAUGCACUGCAACGCCUUAAAUCAAAUCAAUUAUAUAAGUUGUUUCAACUCGUUUGAAAUCAAACGACUCAAUGAGCUAACAAGUCUUUGCAUGUUUCAAUUGAUCCCGGGUCCUAAACGACUUAAACAAAUCAUGUUUAGCUCAGCGAAUGAGCUCAUGGAAAAGGCAGCCUCAUCAUUUGAUACCUCGCUUAUUAAAUUGGUUGAAAGGAUCAAGAGUAUAAGUGCGUUUCAGAGUCUGUGUCAAAAUGACCAGAUAUCCUUGAUCAAAUACAGUUGCAUUGAGGUGCAGUUGCUUAAAUGGGGACUAUUUUAUCGACACGAGAAUGAGGUCUAUAUUAUGGACGUGAAAUACAAGUGUAAGUCUAGAAACAACUGUCAAAUCGAUGGAAAGUCCAGACGAUUGUGUAAGAAAUGUCGGCUCAAGAAGUGUUUUGCGGUCGGAAUGAAAAAGGAAUGGAUACUCAAUGACGAGGAAAAGGAGUCGAGAAGACGACAAAUAGAAGAGAACAGAAUCAAGAAGUUUGGAGAUCAGAGGAAAAUAACUAAUGGCUCAACAAUUUGUACAUUUAGUUCAUCACCAGGUGUUGAUCCUCAAGAAACUGACAGUUUGUUAGUUGUCUCGCAGAAUGAAGAGAUCACUGAUUAUGGGGAGAAAGACAAGCGAAUCACACUUUUCGAUGAUAUUAAAUAUACAAGCUCAUUUGACGACUCGACCAUUUAUACCAUCUCUGUUACCACCGAUGAACUGAUGGAAAGAGUUGCCACAAAGUUUGACACAGAACUCCAACACCUUGUUGGCGCUAUAAAGCAACUGGGUGCCUUUCAAAGCCUACAGUUAAAUGACCAAAUUGCCAUGAUCAAGUAUAAUUGCAUUGAGCUGAGAAUUAUGCAAGCUGAAUGGAUACUGAAUGCCGAGGAAAAGGAGUCGAGAAGACGACAAAUAGAAGAGAACAGAAUCAAGAAGUUUGGAGAUAAGAGGAAAGCAAGCUACAACUUUUGUGCCAUAUCUUGUCAAUCAUGUAAAGCAUUCUUCAGACGAACUGCCUUCAAGUAUGAGACCCGAAGAUUUUGUAUAAAAUGUCGGUUAAGGAAGUGCUUUGCGGUCGGCAUGAAAAAGGAAUGGAUACUCAAUGAAGAGGAAAAGGAAUCGAGAAGACGACAAAUAGAAGAGAACAGAAUCAAGAAGUUUGGAGAUAAGAGGAAAGCAAUUAUGAAUUCAAUGGAUGAGCCCAUGUAUACCAUAUCCAUUAGUCCCGAUAAGUUCAUGGAAAGGUCUGCCCAGACGUUUGACGUAAACCUCCAGGAACUGGUCAUCACAAUAAUGAAUCUGGGUGCCUUUCAAAGCUACAACUUCUGUGCCAUAUCUUGUCAAUCAUGUAAAGCAUUCUUCAGGCGAAAUGCCUUCAAGUAUGAGACCCGAAGAUUAUGUAAGAAAUGUCGGUUAAGGAAGUGCUUUGCGGUCGGCAUGAAAAAGGAAUGGAUACUCAAUGACGAGGAAAAGGAGUCAAGAAGACGACAAAUAGAAGAGAACAAAAUCAAGAGGUUUGGAGAUAAGAGGAAAGCAAUUAUGAAUUCAAUGGAUGAGCCCAUGUAUACCAUAUCCAUUAGCCACAAUAAGCUCAUGGAAAGUUCUGCCCAGAAGUUUGACAUAAACCUCCAGGAACUGGUCACCACAAUAAUGAAUCUGGGUGCCUUUCAAAGUCUAUCAUUGAAUGACCAAAUAGCCGUGGUCAAGUAUAAUUGCUUUGAACUGGAGCUAAUAAAAGCGGGUUUAGGUUUUAACCAUAAAACCGGGAGUUGGAUUUUCAAAGGGGACAAUAAUUUAUUGUGCAAGUUAGAAUUGAAUUCUUUUAAUGGGUUUAAGCAUAACUUCCUGGCUAUUUUAAAGUACUACUUGAACACAUUCGCAAAGGAAUUUGACUCCGAUUUACAUAUACUCGGAUUGUUAAUACCCGUUAUACUAUUCAAUCCGGAGAGACCUAACAUUAUUCACAAGGAUAUGAUCGAGCUCCAGCAACAGUUAUAUCUCUAUUUGCUUCAAAAGUAUUUACGCUAUAACUUCUGUGCCCUUUCGUGUCAAUCGUGUAAAGCAUUCUUCCGGAGGAAUGCCUUCAAAGUGAAUGAGUGGAUACUAAACGAUGAGGAGAAGGAGAUCCGGAAGAAUAAGAUCGAAGAGAAUCGUAAGUCUAAGGAAAGGUCGACCGAUAAGAAGUCGAAGCCCAUGGAGUCGAUGGAGUCAUCCAUGGAGUCGACAGAAGUGGCAAAUAUGGAGAAAAACGACUGUUUGGUCGAAGUCUUCGAGAAUAACUCAUCCAAUGGCUAUAAUUUCUGUGCCAUUACAUGCGAGUCCUGCAAAGCGUUUUUCCGACGGAAUGCCUCCAAAAUUAAUGACUACAAGUGUCCGUUUGACGAGAAAUGCAAAGUCGACGUCAAGACCAGAAAGUUUUGCCGCAGAUGUCGGCUCCGGAAGUGUUACGCCGUCGGAAUGAAACAAGAAUGGAUUCUGAAUGAUGAGGAAAAGGAGAUCCGCAGACAUAAGAUAGAGGAGAACCGCCGGUGCCGACAGAUCAGUGAUAUUAACAAAGGACUCGCUACACCACCCGGUGCUCUAACGCACAGUUUCAAUGAAGGGAACCGUAAUUUUGCUAACUAUUCCCCAAACAAUUGCAUUACGGAAAUGAUGGAUCAGUCCAAUGGUGAUGACAGUCCUAUUAUCAAUGGAAAUGGUAUGUCAUACCCGACCGCUGUCAAGGUAUCGGUGAUUACAUCCGUGGGCUAUAAGUGUCCAUUUGAUGGCAAGUGUCGCAUGAAUGUCGUAAACCGAAAGUUUUGCAAAAUGUGUGAACACACAUCGCACCCGCGUAUAACCCAAACAACUCGUACGACACCAGCGGCACCGCCGCCAUCACCAGAAUAUAACAACUGUCCACCGCUUUCACAACCCAUUACUCCACACAUUCACCACCAGAAGCCGUCUGAUAUAAGACCUGUGAUGAACACAUCCAAUGGUAUGAAUUCAUGGGCUUCCGUACCAAACCUGCACCAAACGAAUACCGUUCCUCAUCUGCACCAAAACCAUAUGGCAAAGAGGUCGGCCUCACCCUCGCACCGACAGUCUAAA